AUGUGGCGUGACCAGGUGCCCGCGAUCCUGUACGAGCGCUCCAUGGCGGUGUUUGGCGCCGCGCUCGUCAUCGACAUCCUCAACUCCCUGUUCGAGCUCAGGUCCACCAAGCUGGACUUUGCCCUACUGCCCUGCUUCAUCAAGGGCAUGGCCACCACCACCAACGUGCUGCUGCGUGGGGGCCGCGGCGCGGUCGUGCUCGGAACGGGCGGGCGGAUAUGCGUGCUGCAGCGGUACAUUUGCUGGAUGCACACCACCCCCACCAUCCUGCUGCUGCUGCGCCUGAUGGCGCCGACGCUGGGCAACGGGCAGCUGCUGUGGGCGGUCGCGUGGGAUGAGAUCAUGCUGGUGUCUGGCGCGGCCGCGACGCUGACAAAGGGGCCGGUGUCGGUCAUCCUGGCGGUCGUGUCCCACCUGGCGUGCGUGCCUGUGCUGCUCUACCUGCACCGCGGACUCAAGGAAGCGUCCGGCGCCAUCGCUGCCAACGCCGCCAAAUCGGCCACCGCGGUCACAUAUUACCUAAUUCUGGUGAUGUGGCUGGCGUUUGGCGCGGUCUGGGACCUGGGGGCGCUGGGGUGGAUCUCGCUGGAAACUGAGGAGGCGCUCAAUCUGGUCUGCGACUUCUGUGCCAAGAUCGUGUUCAGCAGCAGCCUCAUGCUGAGCAGCUUCAAGACCGUGGAGACCAGGAGGGAGGGCGUCAUGAGGCAGAUCGAGCAGGGCAACAAGCAGACACUGGUGGAUGAGAUGAAGAACAUCAUCGAGCAGAAGGGGCGGUUCAUGAGCUCAGUCAGCCAUGAACUCAGGACACCACUCAACGGCAUCAUCGGCAUAUCCGAGGGCAUGCUCUCGGGCUGCUGCGGCACACUGCCGGACGUCGUGCGCCGCCAGGUGUACAUCAUCCGCACCAGCGGCGCGCGCCUGCUGGCGCUCAUAAACGAUGUCAUGGACGCGGCGGCGCUGAGGCACAACCGCCUGGUGCUGGCGCGCGCGCGGGUGGCGCUGCGGGCGCUGGCGGGGGACGUGGUCGACCUCACCAGGUCACUG